GAAAUUUGAUUCGUUGCUAUCAUAAUCCUAACCCUAAUAACUUUAAAAAUCGAGAUUUCGACAUGCCUAUUCUAAACAUGGGCUUUCAGCAUGCUAUGACGAUUCUUCUUGUGAUAUUUCGACAUGCCUAUUCUAAACAUGGGCUUUCAGCAUGCUAUGACGAUUCUUCUUGUGAUCUUAUUGGUCUAAAAAUGACAGAAUUUGUUGACAUCGCUGUAGUUAUUGG